UGCGUAACAUAAGCAAGCAUAUAAUCAUUGAUUUGCUUUUAGUAUCAAUAUCAUUAGUGUUUUUCAAAUUGAGAGGCUAUUUUGAAAAUUUUGUAUUUUUAAUUUAAUAUUUAUUUAAAAUGUCCAAUAUGUUUAAAAGAAGACUUCAAGCAUUGGGAUAUCUAGAAUGGGAUAAAGUUAAUAUAAAUGAUGUACAGCAUUUUCGAAAAGUUAUACUUUGGUUAGAAGAUCAAAAGAUACGUCAGUAUGAUAUACAAGAUCGAAAAGAGUUGCGUGAUAUAAAAAAUGAAAAUUGGUCUAAAGCAUUUGCUAAAUACUGCAAUGAUGUUAAAUGUCCAGUUUCAAAUAAUACUAUGAAUCAACUUGAAUGGUUAAUUGGAUAUGCAAUCUGGUUGGAAGCAGAAAAUAAUAUUGAAGAAUAUUCACAAAAUGUAAAAGAAAUUAAAUUGAAAAUGAAACAGGAAACAAUGGUGCCUCAUUUAAAAUCCAAGAAUCCACUUGACAAUUUAAACUUUGACAGUAAUGAGUUUAAAAAUGGAAUCUACUCUGUGGCAAAAUUACUUCGAAUUCCACGACAUCCGAAUCAUCUGGUCACACUAAAAGCAUGCAGUAAACUAGUACAAAGAAGAUUAAAUUCCGAAUGCUUACGGAAUCCAAAUUGUAAAAUCAUUCGAGGCAAGCCAUUUCCUGUGAUGAAUUGCGAUCCUGGUUUUCAACUGAAGAAAACAGCAGUGGAAAAUGCAGCUAAAAUUCUUGCUCUUCUUUAUAUUCAAGAUAUUAGGAAUCUUCAAACAAAGAUUAAUGAAGUGAUCGUCCAAGUACAGAAUAUUACAGCUAAUCCAAAAACGGAUACUAAAUUAGGAAAAGUUGGAAAAUAAAAAAAAGAAAUGAUA